UAUGAGCCAGGCCACCUGAUUUCUAUAUAAGAAACACCGUCACGGAUCGUGCAUUCAGUUUCCUACCAUUCAAAUAUACACACCGGAGUUAAUUCUAAGAAGAUUGAUUCAUUUUUUUUUCUAAAUUUAAUCAGUGUUUUUAAUUUUUAUAUUUUAGAUAAAAUGCAAAAGCUUUUCAUCAUUUGCAUUCUAAUAGCAGGGGAAUGCUUGGCUGCACCGCAAUUUAUUAUCGAACGAUCAUCAUCUUUGUUCAGUCAUCCUGCGGUUGUCGUUAAUUCCGAAAUGGAAGACGCUUUACCAAAUGAAUUGAGAAAUGAUUUUUACAAAAAUCCUCUCAUUGCUGCUGGCCUGGCAAAAGAGUCUUUGCUCACGGGGAAAGAAAUGCAGGUGAACCAUCGUGAUGCCGAUGAUAUUCCCAGAGAACGAGUAUACAGUAUUCUCCAUAAUGCUGGUUUCGUUAGAAGAUAAUACGACAAAAAAAAAUAAGAAUUCAACAUUUCCACUAUCCAUUAUAAUCGCAAACUCCAUUUAAAGUAUUAUUUAUUAUGCAUUGCCAUAUUAUUAUCUAAUGUCGAAAAUGUCAAAUACAUUUUUUACUACACAAUGCCAUAUACAUAGAAUAAUUGUAGUAAAUCAAAAUCCCCCAAAUAGUAGACGAAAAUAAAAUUUCAAUACUUUACAAUUUUUCCCAAUGUAAUGUUUUUUUUUAUAAACGAUUAUUGUAAAUACAUACAUUUAAUUUUACUA